UACUAUGGGCCACAGUUAAAAACAUUACUCUCAACCCCAAUUAUUGAACCAUGGUCUCCUCAAAAUAAAUAGAUAGCAGGUACCCUAACGUUCCCUUGUAAAGGCACUUUACUUUAUAUCAGCUUGUUCCCUUUGUUGAAAUUCCUAAGUUGAGCUAAGCCCGUUUAAUCCUUGCAAACCAAACUUAAUAAUUGUGUUUUUCCUUCUAUGCAAUGAUCUCCGACAAGAGAGCAGCGAAUGCCAUGGGAGGCAAGACUGCUAGAGCCUGCGAUGGCUGUCUACGAAAGCGUGCUCGUUGGUAUUGUUCAGCUGAUGAUGCCUUCCUUUGCCAAGGUUGCGAUACAUCAGUCCACUCCGCUAACCAGUUAGCCAGUAGACAUACAAGGGUUAGGCUUGAAACUGCAUCUUCCAGGUUCAAUGCUUCUGUUAUCAACAACAGUGCUACUGAUCAAGAUGCUCCGCCAGCAUGGCACCAAGGUUUCACUCGCAAGGCAAGAACACCAAGGCAAAACAGGUCCAUAUUGGGGCAACAAAAAAGUGAGGGAAAAGUAUGGGAUUUGAACCCUCUUGUUCCUGAGGUUGGUUGUGAAGACGGAUCAGCUGAUGAGACUGAAGACCAGCUGCUUUGCAGAGUCCCUGUAUUCGAUCCUUUUUCUGCUGAAUUACGUGAUAUGGUAAAUGAAAACGGGAAUCUAGUAGUUGAUGGUUUUGAAGAUGAAGGAACAUGCCAGUUGGAUGAUGGUUUACAUGGUUUUUUACCUUCAGAUUUGGAUCUUGCCCAGUUUGCUGCUGAUGUUGAGAGCUUACUAGGAGAUGGACUAGAUGAGAAUAAUACUUGUAAUCACACCAAAGGAACUGAAUUGAUGGACUGCAAACAGGAAGAUGAAAGUAAUGCUUUUCAAGAACGCAAAAUAAAAGAUGAAGAAGAAGAAGAGGAAGGUAUUAUAACGGCUUGUUGCUUUGAUUCAGAUUUUGAUGUAACAAGAUCAUCGUUAAACUGGAGUUUUGAUUAUGAGUCACCAACGAUUGGUGAUCAAGAGGAGGAAGAGAAGGUGGUUCCAGUGGCGGAGACAAUGGAUGGUGAAAAUAAGGCAGAAAAGAAGAGGAACAUGCUGCUGAGGCUGGAUUAUGAGUCAGUCAUCACUGCUUGGGCCACCCAAGGCUCUCCGUGGACAUCAGGAACCCGACCUGAAUUCAACCCCGAUGAUUUCAUGGGCUCAAACCCUAAGGAGGGCAUAGGGGGAAUAUGCAGCCAGGGAAAAAGGAACAUUACAGACGGUGAAAGAGAAGCAAGGGUAUCAAGGUACAGAGAGAAACGAAGAACCAGACUGUUUUCGAAGAAGAUAAGGUACCAAGUGAGGAAGCUGAAUGCCGAGAAAAGGCCUAGAAUCAAAGGCAGGUUCGUUAAGAGAGCGUCCUUUGUGGGUGGGGACUGUUUUUCCUAUUAUAUCAAAUAAGUAGUAAAAAUAAAAAUGCCAAAUCUUGAUGUUUGUUUCUUGGCAAGAAUUGGCAGUAGUAGCAGUAGCAGUAGCCAACACCCAGACUAUGUUGGCCAAGUUUAGUUUUAAAUGAAUAAUUAUUAAUGCGGAACUAUACUGUUAGACUUCUCUCUAACAGUACUGCUGAUAUCCUCCUCCUAAUGGUUGAAGGCUACGAUCUUAAUUAACCGAAUACGUUGUAACGUUGUAAAGCAGUGAAGUUAAUUUCUGGUUUCUAAUUUCCAUCUUCUUCUUCGUAUAGAUGAAGAGUAUUGUUUCAUUUUUCCACAUAUAUAAUAUGUGUGUAUAUAUGAAUGUAUGUAAUUGUUAUGAA